CAACAUGGGUUCAAACCAUCGCCGCUCUCUGCUACCCAAUGCUGACACGCUCCGCCCAUCCAUAGCCUGUUUCGUGCUGCUCCGCGGCAGUCUGACAUGCAUCUCCGCCCGGCAUACAGAUCGUUUGGGAAUGUAUAAAGAGAUGCGUGUACACGACCCGCGUCGCGAGUCUCUGCCCCGGCGGCCUCUCACUCGCAGCUCAAUACAGUCUACUCGAAGUUGAGCCACCUUGCUCGCCCUUGUCCCUGAAGCACAAACUUGAUCAAUCAGGAGAAAGACACCAGCAGAAUGUCCGACGCCAUGGCAUUGGCAGCUUCGUCCGAGGCCGGCACCUCGAGCCAGGAACCCGCCGCCCCGGAUGCUGCAUAUCGCAGUGACCUAUUCCAACUCUCGGCACAGCGAGGGGCCAGACUCAUGGCGGCGAUGAAGGCGCCCCGGAGCGAGAAUGAGCACGACGUCGACAUUCUCUCAGACCAGGACCUGGAGCGCCUCACCAUCCGUCUCAAGAGCGAUGGCGAUGAGGACGGCGAUGAUAACGCUGUGGUCGCCAAGGCUACCAAGGAACAACGCCGCAAGUUUAAGCAGUACAAGCAUCAUUCUUUUGUGAAGCGCUGGGAGUCUAACAGUUCCGAUGCGCUGCUGGACCACGAAUGGUUCAUCGCCGACCCGGAUGUUCUCCAAGAGGAUGAUCCCGGCUAUCUCUGCGACAUGUGUCGACACCUCGACUUCGGGGUCCUGUUCAGCCAGCGCGGAAUCCCGGGCAACAACGUGCCCUCGCUACCCACCCAGAUCGUCAUCCAUGGCCUAUGGAGAGUGAUGCAAGAGCAGGGCAACAACUGUGCCUUUUGUCGACUCCUGCGCCGCCGAAUCAUCGAGGGCGGAAUCGCAUCUCGAAUGACGGAGGAUGGCAUUGAGCUCGGCCAGUUCUACAUCAACGUCAUCGACGAGGGCCCGGGGUACGCCCUCAGGCUGGAGAUUGAGGUUGAAGGGCUGGGGAAGACGGUCGACAGGUUCGUGGUGCAAAAGGUCCAAGACGACCCGCAGCAGCCUCUGGCGGGACGAGGCGUGCAGCAGGAUCGAGCCGACAUGGAUCGACUGAGGCAGUGGCUCCAGAUCUGCGUGGACACUCAUCAGCCCUCUGAGAAGGGUCUCGAGCCCGUCGACAUGGCAUCGCUGCGGGUCAUCGAUACGGACGAGCUCCGCGUCCGUCAAGUGAAAACACCAUGCCGGUACGCCUGCCUGUCAUAUGUCUGGGGCAAGGGCAGUCAGACGCAGUACACCACCGCCACAAGAGACAGCUUGGAGGCGCCCAAUGGGCUGCUAGCUGCUUCUCUGCCUCAGACGAUCAAGGAUGCAAUCACGGUCACCAAAGAGGCAGGCCUGCGGUAUCUAUGGGUCGACGCCCUGUGCAUCCUGCAGGACGACCCUGCAGACAAGGCCAGAAUCAUAUCAAAGAUGGGUCCCAUCUACGGCGGCGCCGCGUUGACCAUCGUUGCGUCCGCCAACGACGAUCCGCACGAUGGUCUUCCCGGCAUGGGUACCGCCCACCGCCAGGUGGCACAGGACGUGGCAGCCAUCCAAGGCAUGACGCUGGCCGUGGCCCUCGACGAUCCGCGUCAACCGAUCCCCGACCUGGAAAGCUCGGUGUGGAGCUCACGAGCGUGGACGUUCCAGGAGCGGGCGCUCUCGACGCGGGCGGUUCACUUUACACGCUCGCAAAUGGUCUUCAAGUGCGUCCACGGAGCGGUCAUGCUCGAGGAGACCGCCCCGACCCCCGAUCCGGCAUUCCGGCAUUCAAAGAUCGAGGAUCAGGCGGAGUCUGAUCUCAUGUACCUGGCCUGGGCACAUCCUUCACUCAGUCGGUUUGCCAACGUGGGACUGUCGUCACGAAACGCAGGCGCGACGAUGAUGAUUUCCGAGGACAUUGACAUUGAAGACUUUAUGAAGAUGGCGGCGAAGGAGCGAGACAAGAUGGCGCCCGUGUUUGACAUUUCGGUGGACGCGCCCCGCGACUUCAUGGGCUCGCUAGGUGAUACGGGCGGUGGCUCGACGCCAUGGGAUCUAUAUCGCCGCGCAGUAGACGACUACACGAAGCGCAAGCUGACGUGGGAGUCUGACGCCGUGGACGCAUUUUCUGGCGUGGAGCACAUUGUCCGGCACGGCAUCAACACCAAGUUCUGGUUUGGGCUGCCCGAGUUUGCAUUCGAGCAGGCGUUGCUCUGGCAGGCUAAAGAGCCCCUCACGCGACGUGCUCGGGACAACAGGGCAAUCUUCCCGAGCUGGUCGUGGGCUGCAUGGCGAGGGCAAGUGUCCUACCGCGGGAGAGGAUGGAAGAACUCGGUGCUCUGGGGUUCCGCAGCCGUCAUACGGUGGUUCGUCAGGGAGAGCCCGCAGUGGUUCAUUGAGAGAUUCAACGCCGCAGGAGAUAAGACGGAAGAGGAGGUGCAGGAUUUUACGCAGAAAAUAUCCCAGGCCAAGCUGCUCCUGAGGGAGCUCGACGUUGACUCCCUUCGCCACCUGGACAAUAUCGACGAGGAUGGCUGGGUGGUGCAGCACGACGAGGAGUACAACCACCACAUCUAUUCCCACGACGCCUACCCCGGUGUCAGGUUCACCUACCCAGUCACCCUCCCAGGCGAGGACAUUGCCGACCGCCCGGACGCAAACGGCGUGCUGAUAUUCUCCGCUCACGUGGUGCCGCUGGUUCCCUGCGAUAUGCAAAACACGACGUUCAAGAUGAAACUCGAGGACCGGUUCCUGCAGCUCGGCAUCAACGACGAGUCUCGCUCGGCCAACUACCGCCCUCCAUGGCAGCGCAUCGUCUACCACCAGGGGUACCGCGCCGGGUUCCUCACCCUCAACAACGAGGCGGCCCUCCCCGUCGAGGGCGACGGCAGCGAGUACCACCUUGCCGCCAUCUCGCGCGGGAGCCUGCCGCACGUCCCGCCGCCGCCGCCGGGCUGGGACGCCUACUGGGGGUACGAGCCGCGCAAGAUCCAGUCGUCGCUUAUGGACGAGGAGUGGCGUCUCGGGCCCAGCAAGCUCAUCGUACCCAAUGAGGCGGCGGAGCCGUCGUCGAGCUCUCCGCAGAACGAGGACGGCGAUCCGCACUGGGACAAGGAUCGGUUCCACGUCAUCAGCGUGUUUGACGUCUACGAGGUGCUUCUUCUCAAGACGGUCGACGGCGUGUCGCGGAGGGUGGGCGCGGGCAAGAUGAGCUACUGCGCCUUUUCGGCGGCGCGGCCCGAGGAGAUGCUUGUCAAGCUGGCGUAGUGUGUUGACGGCGAGGCGGCGAUUCUUUAUAGCGUACUGGCGGUUCUGCGAUCAAGGACACCGACAGCACAGCAUGAUUGGAUAUCAUAGUUGCAGCACGGCGCAUUGAGACGUCUGGAAACGUAAACAUACUAAGUGACGACG